ACACGUACUUGGUUCUUCUCUUCGCAUACGUAUUUCCAUCUCUCGUAGUAUUUACGGACUAGUAUCCGGAUCUUCUGUUGAAUUCACCCCUGAAUAAGUUGCAGACAGCCCAGCCAGAGAGACAGAUAGAGACAAAGAAGGGAGAGAGAAAGAGGGUGCUGGAACGUCUGCUGGAUUCAUUGUUGCAUCGUACCUCCGUUGCGCUCAAGAUUUUAAUCGUAUUCAUGUGGGACUCAAUGGACAUCGAAGCUCUUUAUUGCAUGUAUUGCUGAGGUUUACUCAUUUUACCCUUCUCCAUAAGGCUAGGAUGUUGUUUGAUGGUGUCUAUGGCUGAGAUGUACCACUAGUUUAGCUUGAUAGAAUAGAGAUUGAUGGAUUUAUCUGUAAGUUUUCUGUAUGUACUUCAUGGGUACCAGAUCCGCAAGUCAUUGGUGUUCUGGAACUUUGUGUCUUCUGCAGUGGGCAUGGUUUCUCUGAAGAUUUUGGGUUUGAAAUCAGUUGUUGAUUAGUGGUGCUCACUGAUAAUCCAAGCAAUAAUGGAUGAUAGUGACUAUAGCUCUUGGGUGAGGCGCACAAACUAUUCACAUACCGUUUGUCACAGAUGGGAUUCCUCUAGGAUUUCAUCUGUUCCUUUUUCCUUCAAAAAAGUUCAAGGUUCUGUUUCAUCUGUAAAGGGGGUCAGCUCUGGCUCAACUGCCCAGCCUUCUGAAAAGAAAGAUAGCAUCCCUAGUUCAUCUCAAACUGCAGAAAAUUUAAAGAAAGAACAACAAAAACAUGCUCCAGGCCGAUCAAGGGCAUUGUCUCCAUUUCCACAAACUGCACUCUCAGAUGAAUUUCAAGAGGCCAGGUCAGAUAGAAAAAGGUUCUCAAGUCCAACUUCAAGAAGAAGAGAUCGUGAUAAAAGUUUCAUCAACAGAUUGUUCUCUCUAGAUCUGCACAACCAUAACUUGACUGAUCCCCUUCAGAUUUCUGCUUCAUAUAGUAAAUUCAGCGAUAAACCAAAGCCACGGAGAGAAAGCUCAUGGACCAAGUACUUUGACCAUGCUGGCGGAAGAGUUACUGCUCUGGAAACAACUGAUGAGUGGACAGUUGACCUCUCUAAGUUACUGUUAGGUUAUAGAUUUGCUUCUGGAGCUCAUAGUAAACUAUACUAUGGACUUUACAAGGAUCAACCUGUUGCUGUCAAGGUCAUUCGGCAACCUGAUGAUGAUGAAAGUGGUGAGAUGGCUGCUCGGUUGGAGAAGCAGUUCACCAGAGAGCUAACUCUUCUUUCUCAUCUUCACCAUCAAAAUGUGAUACAGUUAGUAGGGGCAUGUAGAAAACCACCAGUUUUUUGCAUCAUCACGGAAUACCUGUCUGGUGGAUCUUUAAGGGCAUACCUUCACAAACUUAAGCCCGGGCACCUUUCUCAUCAAGAGAUCAUAGCAAUUGCUAUUGACAUUGCUCGGGGGAUGGAGUAUCUGCAUUCGCAGGGGGUUAUACAUAGAGACGUUAAACCUGAAAACAUGCUUUUUGAUCAAGAUCAUCACUUGAAGAUUGCAGAUUUUGGUAUAGCUUGUGAAGAAGCUCAUUGUGAUGGUCUGACCGAAGACCCAGGAACAUACCGGUGGAUGGCUCCUGAGAUGAUCAAGCACGAGCGUUAUGGGCACAAAGUUGAUGUGUAUAGCUUUGGUCUUGUUCUAUGGGAGCUGGUUGCUGGAACUAUUCCUUAUGAGGACAUGAUACCUGUUCAGGCAGCCUUUGCAGUGGUCAAUAAGAAUGCCAGGCCUCCUAUACCACCAACUUGCCCUCCUGCACUUCGAGCAUUGAUUGAGCAGUGCUGGAAUAAACUUCCAGAAAAGAGACCAGAAUUCUGGCAGAUCGUGAAGGUCUUGGAGCAAUUUGAGUCCUCUCUUGCGCGUGAUGGCACACUCAAGCUGGUCCAGAAUUCUACUUGUGAAGACCACAAGAAACGGCUUAUACAUUGGAUUUCAAAGCUUAGCUUGGCAAACAAUAAUAGUUCAUCAUCGCGCAGAUAGUUUUUUCUGUUUUUUUUUUCGUUGAUGGUCAUGGACAUACACUAGUGUUCACCCUGUGUCUUGUAAUUAACAAUUCCUUGACCAAGUUUCCAACCUUGCUUUA